UGUGUCCCUUCCCCUGCCAGCCGAUUCAUUUCCCAUCUCUUCUCCUUCUCUGCGUUCUAGGGUUUACAAUCAGGCAUGGCGGAUCCCGCGGCCGCAGAUGACGAUGAUACGGUGCUCGCCUCCUUCCUCGAGUCGGAGAUCCUAUCUGCCGGCCUGGAACAAGAGGAUACAUCGGAGGUUAGACCAGCGAAGAGGGUCCGCUCUGACGAGGGGUCGUCGAGGGAAGCUUCGCAGAUUGGGACCGGAACCUUCAGCAAGAUGCCUCCUGAACUCUUCCAUUACAUCUUCAAAUUCCUAUCUUCCGAGGAUCUUAUCACGUGCGCCCUCGUCUGUAAGUACAUGAGUUUUGCGGCAUCAGAUGAGAGCCUCUGGCGUCACCUAUAUUGCAUGAGAUGGGGGUUGGGUUGUUCGAAGGGGAUGUUGAGACAAUGUGCUUGGAAGAAGCUCUAUAUUCAGCGAGAUCAAGAAGACAUGAAUGAGUUCGUGAGAAACACCCCUUCAGAGUUUAAGGAGUACUACAUACAAAUGCAAGCGGCAAAAAGGAGUCAAGCACCUCGUCCAUCACAAGUUGAUGACAGAGCCCUUGAUAGAACAGUUGCUGAGCAAGUGUCAAUGUGGAAAAAAAGCAGAGGCUUAACUGAUGAAGCAGCAAAUGGCCAUAUCUGUUCUGGAAAUACCUGCUCCUACUCCCAAAUUGGUGAUGUAUUUAUUUGUGAGAGAACCGGUUGUGUACAUGUCUGUGUUGAUAAUUGCCGAGAGGCUGUCUUCGAUGCUGUUAGUGGAUUUAUGGUGUGUACUAUUUCUGGUCAAUGCUUUGAUAGAUUGCUGGAUCCUGGAGAUGAAUCAGAGACCUUGCAAAAUGAUCAGGAUCAACAAGCAGCUGCUGCAGCUGAAGAACCAGAGCCUUUCUGGGGAUCUGGACGUUUCGCUCGUUACUAUAUGCUUGGUUAUAAUUGCGCCGAUGAGAAGGAGCUGGAAGAUGCUUGGCAGUUUCUCCCAUGAGGAUUCGAUAUCCUGAAUGAACUACAGCACUUUGUGCAGUUCUGUAGCGUAAACAGCUACUGGUAGCUUUUGUAGUUAUAUCUAAAGAACGAAUGCCUUAAUCCAAACUACUUAGUGUGACAGAUGAAUUUGUCGUUGCCCACUGUGUUUGAGUU